AUGGGGGUCACACGCAAAGUACUGUCGGAGGGGAACGGCGCACAACCAAGAGCGGGCGAUGUAAUCACUGUCCACUGCACUGGCUACCUUGUCAAUGGCAAAAAGAAGUUCUGGUCAACGUUGGAUAACAAUGAGCCGUUUUCCUUCCGCGUGGGGCUCGGGCAGGUGAUCCAGGGCUGGGAUGAAGGAAUGCUGAUGAUGUCGACCGGUGAGAAAGCUGAGCUCACGAUGUCCGGCGAUUUUGCCUACGGGAAGAAAGGGUUUCCCGCCUGGGGCAUUCCCCCGGAUGCCGAUCUUCUCUUUGAAAUUGAACUUCUUAAGAUAAAUUAA